AUGUCCAGACCAGAUGGCGGUUGUGGCGUGAAGCGUAUGCCCCGUGCCACACGGCUGCCGUCACAUCUGCCACAUGGCCGUCCUGUGGACACGUCUCCGGGGUCACGUGUGUCACAUGCACCAGGACACUCCAGGACACGGGUAAUCAUGACUCUUCAUGUCCGUCAAACGAGAGGCCAUCAGACCAGCACCACCCCACUGAGAGAGAGAGCGAGAGAGAAAGAGUGAGAGAGAGGAGAGUUUCCGAAUGAGACCGCAAUGUACUUUAGCGUCGUUGAUCGGAGCUCAUUUCCAGAAGCAGGAGUGAUUUGAGGCUAUGGAAGGUCACAUUGGCGUGCUGUUCUACUUUCCUGACACGAUUAAACAUGUUAGGGAGGCUGAGCUAAAAAACCUGCGACAUUUCUCUUUCUCUCCCUGUUCCAAAUGGGCCGAACUGCAUUACAAAGUCAUUAAAAAGAAAAUGUCUCAGAACAAACUGAUAAUAUCUCUCUCUAUCUUUUUGGAGAGAGAGAGAGCGGGAGAGAAAGAGAGAGUGAGUGAAAGGGAGAUAGAGGGGAGGGGGGAGACAAAAAAAGAGAAGGAGAUUACUCUCUUUUCCUCAUGAAUUCCUAUUAAAACACAAUAAUCUAUUAUUUUUUUGUGUGAGGGGGGAGGUGUGUUGAAGUUCAACUGAAGCAAUAAUGUGAUUAGGGGGAGAGUGGACUUUCACAGCCAACACAAGGUGAUGGGGACUGUGAAACACCGCUGCCAUUAGCGCUCUAUUAGUGCUUUCAAAUAGGAUUCACAGUAUGUUGCCUGUAAAAACAAUUGGCCAAUGUUUCUUUCAAACAGCCCUAUUAUUACCUCUGUCUUGUCGGCAUUACCCUUUUAUAUAGCAAUUGCUUUUACCAGGAAGUAGCAAGACAUUCAACUUUGACCCUGUUGUUGUGACCAUUGUCAUGGUAACCUGACAGCUGCAUGUUUAAAUUCCUCCGUUUAAAUUCAGAACGUCCACUGCUUUCAUAUUUUCGCAUUCACAACAGUAAGUUAGCAGAUUGCCAUAGCCUACUUGUAAAUCAUUUGUAAGUAAUUACCUUGUGUUUUCCUGUUAUGGUCAACAAAAAGUUGGCUACUCAAAAUGUUGUCAGAUAUGUUUUGUUAGUGUAAUUAUAUGACACUGGCUAGAAAAAGAAAUCCAUUAUUAUAAUUUUUAUGCAGGUCCUAAGAAACAUUAAGACUAAUACAAUGUAUUAAAAAAAUUAAUAGAAUUGCAUAUUCUUUGUUGAAUUAUGUUACUGGUCUGUGCAGCCCAUGGCAGCACCAUGCAAAUUAUGUCAAUAGUUCUUAUUUUGUUCAUUAAACAGGCAAGAGACACAUUUUGUCUACAUUCUCCUGCCCUGUCAACACACAUAGGGCCUACAUUUUAUAGUAAGAAUUAAUAUAAUGGAAAUAACAGAAUUAAGUAGAGCCCAUGUCCUCACUCUUUUCCACCAUCUGACCUUGUUGAACCUCUGUAGGAGUUGCUUUUUUGAUCCACGUUGAAUGUGAUCACCAUCACGCGCUUUCUCCACUUUCAAACUCCCCAACAGUUAUUUUGGCUGAAGGCUUGUAGUUUAAGUUAGAAACGUACAGUAUGCAUAUCAACCAUAAUUUAUUUGCUAAAUAUAAGGGCCUUUAAAUAUUUGCCAAUCAAAGUCAAUAAAAAAAGAUGAAAUGGCAGUGUGCAUUCCCCCAGGCUAAAUGCCAAAGCAUGUCUGUGACAAUAGACAAGAAUGGCUCAAGGUCAAAACUACACACAUUCUCAUGGAGAGAAUAAAUGCAUUAAAAGCAAGUCUGUGACGCUUUGUGAUUGGCAAAGACAAGUUUGAUGUUGUACAGCAGGGUUCUUCAAUUCCGGUCCUGGAGGGCCGAAACACCUCUGUUUUUCAUCCUCUCCUUCUAAUCAGGGGCUAAUUCAGACCUGGGACACCAGGUGAGUGCAAUUAACUACCAGGUAGAAAUAAAAAACAGAAGUGUUUCGGCCCUCCAGGACCGGAAUUGAAGAACCCUGUUGUACAGCAAUAGAAUGUUCACGAUUUAAAGUGUGCCAAAGACGGUAAAAUGAAAGGCGACAUUUAUACUGAGGGAUUGGUGGGACUUUUUAUCACAUUACAGCAAUCAUGACAAGGUCAGUUGGCGGAAAUAAAAGUACAGGCUUUGUUGCCGGCAAUACCUUUCAGAUAAUAAAAAAUUUGCCGGCAUGGUAUAGUUGGCAGAAUAACGUCUUGGUAUGAACGGUAUACUCUAUAUCAGAAACACACACACACAUACAUACAUACAUACACACACACACACACACACACACACACACACACACACACACACACACACACACACACACACACACACACACACACACACACACACACACACACACACACACACACACACACACACACACACAUGCUCUCAGACAAUUACACAUGCGCGCACACACACACACACACACACACACACACACACACACACACACACACACACACAUACAGUGGGGAAAAAAGUAUUUAGUCAGCCACCAAUUGUGCAAGUUCUCCCACUUAAAAAGAUGAGAGAGGCCUGUAAUUUCCAUCAUAGGUACACGUCAACUAUGUCAGACAAAUUGAGAAAAAGAAAUCCCAAAAAUCACAUUGUAGGAUUUUUUAUGAAUUUAUUUGCAAAUUAUGGUGGAAAAUAAGUAUUUGGUCACCUACAAACAAGCAAGAUUUCUGGCUCUCACAGACCUGUAACUUCUUCUUUAAGAGGCUCCUCUGUCCUCCACUCGUUACCUGUAUUAAUGGCACCUGUUUGAACUUGUUAUCAGUAUAAAAGACACCUGUCCACAACCUCAAACAGUCACACUCCAAACUCCACUAUGGCCAAGAUCAAAGAGCUGUCUGAAUCUGCAAUAGGUAAGCAGCUUGGUUUGAAGAAAUCAACUGUGGGAACAAUUAUUAGGAAAUGGAAGACAUACAAGACCACUGAUAAUCUCCCUCGAUCUGGGGCUCCACGCAAGAUCUCACCCCGUGGGGUCAAAAUGAUCACAAGAACGGUGGGCAAAAAUCCCAGAACCACAUGGGGGGACCUAGUGAAUGGCCUGCAGAGAGCUGUAACCAAAGUAACAAAGCCUACCAUCAGUAACACACUACGCCGCCAGGGACUCAAACCUGCAGUGCCAGACGUGCCCCUGCUUAAGCCAGUACAUGUCCAGGCCCGUCUGAAGUUUGCUAGAGUGCAUUUGGAUGAUCCAGAAGAGGAUUGGGAGAAUGACAUAUGGUCAGAUGAAACCAAAAUAGAACUUUUUGGUAAAAACUCAACUCGUCGUGUUUGGAGGACAAAGAAUGCUGAGUUGCAUCCAAAGAACACCAUACCUACUGUGAAGCAUGGGGGUGGAAAUAUCAUGCUGUGGGGCUGUUUUUCUGCAAAGGGACCAGGACGACUGAUCCGUGUAAAGGAAAGAAUGAAUGGGGCCAUGUAUCGUGAAAUUUUGAGUGAAAACCUCCUUCCAUCAGCAAGGGCAUUGAAGAUGAAACGUGGCUGGGUCUUUCAGCAUGACAAUGAUCCCAAACACACCGCCCGGGCAACGAAGGAGUGGCUUCGUAAGAAGCAUUUCAAGGUCCUGGAGUGGCCUAGCCAGUCUCCAGAUCUCAACCCCAUAGAAAAUCUUUGGAGGGAGUUGUAAGUCCGUGUUGCCCAGCGACAGCCCCAAAACAUCACUGCUCUAGAGGAGAUCUGCAUGGAGGAAUGGGCCAAAAUACCAGCAACAGUGUGUGAAAACCUUGUGAAAGUGUGACAGGUUAAAGGACAUAUUCAUAGCCUGUUAUACACUAAAAAGUAUUAGUAAGUUCAUGGUAUGUAAGGAUCCUAAAAUAUCUUAGGUUAAAAAGAUCAUGCAUUCAGUACUAGUUCAUAGAGAUUGAUAAAAUUCAUAAUUGUGUUAAAAUCCAUCAAGUGUAAAAGGGUAAAUAUUGUGAGAGGAAUGUGUAAACGUUAUAUUGACUACUUUAUUUUGUGGUGCCUAAUUUAAGGGUAAAAGUAGUAAUCUGAGAUCUACUAAAUGCUCUUAAUCUAUGAGCCUGAGAUCGAUUGCUCUGGUCUCCACCCAACUUUCUGGGGAAAUCGCGGUCUUUUUCCUCAUUAUACUAACGUUUUCAGUGAGGAAACAUAACUGCAUCACUCUCGUGAUUAUUUCUCCCCUUUUUCAGGUACGUUAUUGAUAUAAAACGAGUUAAUUUGAAUGUAAUAACUUGCUAACAUGUCAAGAGAGUUUAAGGUAUGUGUUAGUAACAUCUUGAGUAAGUUAGAGUUAAGUUGAAGAGAGUAAUAGGUGCGUGUGUGAGUGAAACCUGCUUGGUUGCAGCGAAGAAUAGCUUCGUACUGAGAGUAGCUGCCAUUUUAUGUUAAUUGUGAAUGAACAUGUGCGCUGUUAAUAAUAUAUUUUGGGGUUAUUUGUAUAAUGUGUUUCGAAUACUUUGUUGACAUGGUUGAUAAAUGUAGUUAUGGGUUACUGAGCUAAAGCUACUUUGUGUUUGACAGUUAUAUUGAAACAUUUGUAUAUGUUUUAGUGAAUUACAGUUUAUGCUGUUGUGACUUGAAUAAGCUUUGUACCCUACCAAACUCAGGUUCCUGUAGAUCUGUUGUUCUGUAAAAUGUGGUAUUUUUGUAAAAGGAUUAUACUAAAGUUUUCAGUGAGGAAACAUAACUGCAUCACUCUCGUGAUUAUUUCUCCCCUUUUUCAGGGGCGUAACAAAGACUUACAGAAAACGUUUGACCUGUGUCAUUGCCAACAAAGGGUAUAUAACAAAGUAUUGAGAAACUUUUGUUAAUGACCAAAUACUUAUUUUCCACCAUAAUUUGCAAAUAAAUUCAUUGAAAAUCCUACAAUGUGAUUUUAUGGAUUUUUUCUCUCAUUUUGUCUGUCAUAGUUGACGUGUACCUAUGAUGAAAAUUACAGGCCUCUCUCAUCUUUUUAAGUGGGAGAACAUGCACAAUUGGUGGCUGACUAAAUACUUUUUUUCCCCCACUGUACGUACAGCUCAUCCCUGUCAUGCAGACCCAGGAUUCGAACAUAGGAAUCUUGAUUUGAUUAUUUUUAUCAUUUUGUGCACCAAAGGGUUGUAGCUUCCACAGUCACUGCAGUAGCUGUCUUGUAGGGUAUAAGUUGGAUCCAACAGAGCCAGAAACAGAGAUGCAGUAUAAACUGGAAUGAGAUGUGCCAGUCAGUUCCACCAUUAUCAAGAGUGAGAGCCCUUGCUGCAAUGUUUUCGCUGUGAAGCUAGAGUUGUAUCGGCAAGUCACUCUUUAAAUGGAGUUCUCAACAACUGUCUUUUCUGUUUAGUACUCUUCAUCACUAUAUUACAUUUUUACAUUUACAUUUACGUCAUUUAGCAGACGCUCUUAUCCAGAGCGACUUACAGUUAGUGAAUACAUUUUUUUUUUUUUUUUUUUUAUACUGGCAAGUAUAUUGACAAGUCUCCUCUGUCUCCACUGUUUCUAUCUAACUCACUCUGUAUCUCGCACUUUCAUACUACUUUCAUACUCUCUCCUUUUCUAAAUCUGUAUUUUUCCUCUCUCUUUCUGAUUUCCUCUCUGCCUCUCUCUUUCUGCUUCGCUGUUCCUCUCUCCCUCUCCCAGCCUCUGUUCAGAGGUUCGACUCCAGUCGACUGAGACUGAGGAUGGAGGACCACAGAUCUUGCUUCAGGGACUCUUCCUCGCGUCUGAUUGUCUUCAUCCUUUAAUGUCCGACACUUCUUUGUUGUCUCAGUAAAACAGAACAGACAGAGAUAGAGACUACAGAUAGAGACUUCCCCUUCCUCCUCCAACCCCUGUUCCCUCCCUCUCUUCUCUCACUUUGUGUAACUAAUGGCUCAAUUUUCGCCCUGUGUAUCCUCUGCUAUCUGGUUCUUACACAAACUUUGGAGAACAGGGAUGCCUUCCACUGAUAAGGCCGCCAUUGAAUUAUCUCUCGCUUAGAUAGUUAGAUAGCGAUCGGCACGGGCCAUGAUGUUAAUUAGCCCAUCGAUUGAGCGGGACGCCUGUAUGUUAAUCAGCUGGUACGCCACGUGUCGCUCGCCACGCUCCACUCCGGAUGCCGCUCUCUCUCUGUAGACCCCCACAAUGCCACUGUAUCCUCCAGGACAAACACUCAGCGGGGACAGGGAGAGUCAGGAGAAAACAAGGGCACGUCAAGGACACAAUGAUAAGAGAAGAUAUUCUAAUCACACACACAGACACACACGUCACACACACGUCACAUACAACAAAACAAAGUCAUAUUAUAACAUAUGUGUUGUGAUAAUUGCAUUGUUUGCUCUGUAACAUGUUAGUUCGCAUGCCUUGCGACCGUGAUAUAUAGGCCUAAAGGCCGAGACAAUAAGAAGACACAGUUGCAGAAUAAAUUCGAUCACACCUUUGUUUUAUCACAAAACCAGAUAGCAAACUCUGUCCAGUGAAGUCCACAGAGCAUAUUGCAUGUAAAAGACAGUUACAUGACCAACAGCAUGGUCAAGCAAGUUAAUGUUGCCAACAUUUUCAGACUACUAAACAACUAUUGAUUUGGAACCACAGAGAGUUACCGCAAGUCGCAAAGAAAACAGGAGCUGCCUCCACCUUUCCAGCACCAUUUCAACAUCAACAUUUCAACAUCAUCAAAUCACCUCUGCUUAGUCUAAAACAGUGACAACUAAAAGAUACCAAAAACAAUUUAGUCCAAUCAACGUAAGCUAAAUAUGAUGUGGCUGUCUAUGGGUCUGAUUUCUGUGUGCGUGCGUGUGCGCGUGUGUGUGUGUGUACGCGUUCGUGCAAGGAGAAAAACAUGUUGACUCAGCCUACUUGUAGAGAAAUGCCAAUGCCGUUCUCCUCUCUUUCAUGUUGACGUAACAGUCUAUCACUCUGUCAUACAGUACACGCUUUUAUUUUUUGUUGUCCUAGGCUACCAGGCUAAAAUGCUUGCUCGCUAGCCUAACUUCCAUUCAUGGGCAACGUUAGCUAGUUAACAUUAGCCUUCUACAUCUAGAUACAUUUUGAACUUCUAUCAUCUCAGGCCAGGGGCACAACAAUGUAUGAAUUAAUGGUUGGAUCAGAAUCACCGUUAUAAUUAUUGGCCAGUACGGAGAAUUAAGUCAAACCACAAGUCCAAAUCCCUAUCUCCAUCCAUGGCUAAUUUAGGAAAGGGUCUAUUUUAGCUAGCUGGCUAGCUAGCCACCGGAGGACAACAACACAACGAGAUGCAACAAAAAGUUUUUCUGUCAAUGACGUAUGCUCUCAAUGGGAUUUGAUAGGAGUGACGCCAAAAUCCAAACUGGCUUCCCUUGACACUUUGUUUUGGUGCUCCAGGACCAUUCACAGUUGAGCUCGCUCAGUUUAGCUCAACGCUGAUUGGCACAUUUUUUAUACUUUUUUUUUCAUCAAGGGAGGCCAAAUGCUCGCUAGCUUCCCUUGCCUUCAAUGCUAUGGGUGGCAACAAUGUCAUACUCAUUUGGACCAGACAGCAUCAGAUAGAUGGCCUACACAUAGAGAGACAGAGGGACGCUGUUUCGCUCGCUCGGAUGCUUUCUCCUGUGAGAUACAUUCAGCCUCUUGCGAAUUGAAGGAAAAUUAUGAAACACAGAGAGACAAAAGAUAAAAUAUAUAAUUUUGGGGGGAAGCCUGGCUUCCCUUGGCAUCCAUGAAUACACACCACUGCUGUAUAUUCUAUAAGGAUACAAACAAAAAAAAACUAACAAACAACAUAGUAACUAUCUGUUAGUCUUAACAGAUUCACACUGUAACAAGGUGAGUAGGACGGAGCCAGGCGCAGGAGGUGUGAACAGGGUAUAUUUGGCCAAUACAGAUCUUUUCCUUAUCGCCAUUUUAUUUAUUUUAUUUGACCUAGAGAUCGCCCUUCUUCUACCCCUCCCCUGAGGGGACCAACUAGACACCCCCGCCCUAACACUUGCCUGGUCCGCCGCCGUCCUUGCCUUACUCACCCUUGGCUUGAUUUACGAAUGAACCCAAGGAGGCCUAGAGUGGGCUGA